AUGCAUGAUAUACCCGAUUCAAAUUCUAGCACAAGCUUUAGCCAGACCAAGUCACCAGAUAUUCGAAGAUCAAAGCUCGAGAAUAGACCAUUCAUAUAUUAUUUGCGCUUAAUAUUUCGAGUGCUAGCUUACGAUGCAGUUCUUUGGUUUUUCAAUUUAGUAAUUCAAACGUUUUUCCGAGAUGUCCAAGCAAGAGGCAGUUUCAAUAUUCCCAAAAAGGGGCCCGUGAUAUUUGUCAUUGCACCACACCAUAACCAAUUUGUCGACGGAUUGGUUGUGAUGACUAAAGUAAAGGAGAAUCUGAAUCGGAGAAUUGCCUUUUUAAUUGCACAAAAAUCGUAUGACCGGUUUUUCAUUGGCCAUGCGGCUAAAUUGUGUAGUGCUAUUCCAGUUAGAAGAGCACAAGAUUUGUUGAAAAGAGGUACCGGGACGAUAUAUUUAGAUGAUAAUGACGUUGUUGCCAAUGACAAAGACAAUCGCGUGAUUCGUGGUAAGGGAACUCACUUUACCACUGAAUGUCAAGUUAAAGGAUUAAUUGGAUUACCCGACUCCUUGGGGAACAGUCCCAUCUUGGAAAUUGUUAAUGAUGAGAAGUUGAUUUUGAAAAAACCGUUUGGCUCUACAAGAAAGAAAAUUCAAGAAAAGAUUGAUGAAAGAUUGCACAAUGGAACGACGUUUAAAAUUGCUCCACACAUUGACAAUCAUGUAGUUUUUCAUAAUGUGUUCAACCAUUUAAAUGAUGGCAAAGUUUUGGGCAUUUUUCCCGAGGGAGGUUCCCACGAUCGGCCAGACUUGUUGCCCUUGAAACCUGGUGUUGCGAUUAUGGCUCUUGGUGCGGUUGCUCAACAAAUCAAAAAAAGAGACGAGGCAAUUAACAUCAAGCAGGGCGAGGCUGCUGCUGCUGCUGCUACUUCUGAUGAUGAUGAUGAUGAUGAUGAUGUUACAAUAGAGCCCAUUGUUCCAGUUUCUAUUGUACCCGUUGGUUUAAACUAUUUCCAUCCUCACAAGUUUAGAUCAAGAGUAGUGAUAGAAUUUGGCAAGCCUAUAAUUGUGGAUGAGCAAAUGGCCGCAGAGUAUCUGGAAAACAGCAGGGAGUCAGUUGACAAUUUGUUAAAAGUUAUUACAUUAGGAUUGAAGGAAGUGACAGUGACAUGCAAUGAUUACGAAACCUUGAUGGUGUUGCAGGCUGUGAGAAGGUUAUACACAUCAGGGAAUCGUGAAACCAUCCCAUUGCCCAUGGUUAUUGAAAUGAACAGGAGGUUGAUCAAAGGGUAUGAACAAUAUAAGGACCGCCCUGAUGUAAAAGAGUUGAAAGAAGCUGUUUUAGAAUAUAACAGGAACUUGAUGAGAUUGAAUUUGCACGACCAUCAGGUUGAAUCGUUGAACAGACGGCAUAGAGUGCACACUACUUGGAUGUUUAUUACAAGGUUUUUCAAAUUCUUUUUAUUUAUGGGUUUAAGCAUGCCCGGGAUAUUCAUGUUUAGUCCAGUUUUCAUAAUUUCAAGAAGAAUUUCCAGACAAAAGGCCAAGGAGGCGUUGGCCGGAUCGGUAGUGAAGAUAGAAGCCAAAGAUGUUUUGAGUACUUGGAAGAUAUUGGUGGCUUUGGGAUUAGCACCAAUGUUGUACAUUUUCUGGUCAGUGAUUGGUACCAUAUUGAUUGUGAAGUUGAAAGUGUUGGACGAGAUAGAAGUGUCCGUUUGGUUUAUAUUUGUUGUUUUUUACUUGUGGGCGGUGUUGACCACUUAUGCAUCAUUGAGAAUCGGAGAGAUUGGCGUCGAUUACUAUAAAUCGCUCAAACCUUUAUUCAUUUCGAUGUUGAGUAUUAAUCUGGAUAAGUUUCAAAUUGAAAAAUUGAAAAAGACAAGGCGCAAACUAUGUUUGAGAGUCAAUGAGUUUUGCAACAAGUACGGUCCCGAAAUAUUCGACGAUUUCAAUAGAUUUUAUCGGUAUUAUAACGAUGGUAUUGACGUUGAACAUAAAAUGGAAUUGCUUGCUAGACAAGAAAGAGAGGAAGAAGAACAGGAAAAAGAAGAAAAUGACGAUAUUCAAAAUACGAUUGGCUCUGAUAACUUGCAAAGGACUACAAGUGCCAGUUCGUUAGAUCUCAAUUUACUGAAUUUGGCAGAUAUUCCAAUAUUUGCCUCUGCCGAUUUGGAACAGACCAGUGAUGUUAAUUCAAUUAGAGAUAUGGAUGCGCCAGUAGUAGAACAAACUGGAGCAAACGAAAAAUCUUUUGAACUUGCAAACGGAGAAGCUGAAGAUAACGAUACUGAUGCAGAAGGGCCUAAAAUGCGUUUGAGAAAAGCCAUGCAAAAGAAACUAUUCGAAACUUAA